CACAAAGCUUGGUACGAGAUCUUUACCAUGACACCCUUGCUUGGAGGUGCCAAAACUCUUCUCAGAAGACGGCUAUGCCAAACAUCACACACCGCCGAAACCUUUCCAUUUUACUCUCUGCGGCUCGUCCAGAAAAGUCACCGCCCAUCAUUCCACCGCAUCCGACCGCAACUAUGCACGAAAAAGAGAACAUUACAACCUCCUCAAAGGUCGCUAUCAUCAUCAACACUUGCUGUGAGUGGUUAUCAAGAUUCCAAAUGUACCCCGUGGAGGCGCUUCAACUCGAAUCCAGCCGAUGUGAUCGAGAAGCACAUGCUCGAUUGGGGUCACCGGACCUGGGGCCUGGUUAUCUACCGAUGCACCUACAGCAGCGACGCAGAUUGGGAGGAAUUUAUGUCCCGUCUUUUAUAUCGUUUGAGGAGCAGACUUGAGCAUUAUUAUGAUGGACUGGAUAUGCUUGAUUCCUUUCAACUGACUGUAAUGGACGAUAAAGCGCGGUUCGACGGGGCAAAUCCAGAUGCGAUACGGGGGCAUUUUGACGAGUGGGCGCCUGCGGCAUGUGAAGCCGAGCAAGGGAUUUUGCCUACUGUUGCUCGGUAUAUGUGCAUAGCACGGUACGGACUCUGUAUCAUGGUGGACGAGGAGGCCCUGCGCUCUGUUCUGGCUAUCCCACACGAGGACCUGGAUACCCGGAGUUCCACCGGCUUUGUGAUUCUGGUGCAUGGGAGGCACCACGAGAUGCGGGCGGGUAUAAAGGAGUGUGAUGAGGAGCUAGAGGAUGACGAUUUUUAGCCAUUAAAUGGCUGCACGCGGGAGGAUGUGGGCUGGAUGAGGGUGUGCUAUGAUCAGGCCCAGCUUUAUGUUUGCGCGCACAUGAACCAGAGCUAUGAGUGGCAAAUGGAGUACAGACGGCCUCCUGAGAUUGGUCUCUACUGCUGAUCUCUUCUUUUCCUCUGUCCUGACGCUGUUCCAAUUCUCG